GAGGCUAGGCAAGAGCCGAGGUGCUUGUUGGCUUCCGGGUGCUGGGAAAGGGGUUACCGCCGCUAGCUUUCUCCCCCGAAGGUGGCCUGUCAGGCCCUGGCGGGGCCGCGAUGCGUCUUUUGCGAUGCCUGAUGAAGGGCCAGUCGGCGCUGGCCGGGGCGCCCAAGUAUAUCGAGCACUUCAGCAAAUUCUCUCCGUCGCCGCUCUCCAUGAAGCAAUUCCUCGACUUCGGAUCCAGCAAUGCCUGUGAGAAGACCUCCUUCAUAUUCCUUCGCCAAGAGCUUCCUGUCCGACUGGCCAAUAUUAUGAAAGAGAUCAACCUUCUCCCUGACCGUGUACUGAGUACUCCCUCUGUUCAGCUGGUGCAGAGUUGGUAUGUGCAGAGCUUGCUGGACAUCAUGGUGUUCCUUGACAAAGAUCCAGAGGACCAAAGGAUAUUGGGACAGUUCACCAAUGCUCUGGUCACAAUUCGCAACCGUCACAAUGAUGUGGUCCCUACCAUGGCACAGGGUGUAAUUGAAUAUAGGGAAGCUUAUGGUGAUGACCCGGUUUCCAACCAAAACAUCCAGUACUUCCUCGAUCGUUUCUAUCUUAGCCGUAUUUCUAUCCGCAUGCUGCUCAACCAACACACCUUGAUUUUUGAUGGCAGCACCAAUCCAGCCCAUCCCAAGCACAUUGGCAGCAUUGAUCCCCACUGCAACGUAUCAGAUGUGGUUAGAGAUGCUUAUGACAUGGCCAAACUGUUAUGUGACAAGUACUAUUUGGCAUCUCCUGACCUGGAGAUUCAGGAGGUGAAUGCCAGUGGAACAACACCUCACAAGUGGCAUACUAAUCAACCCAACCAACCCAUCCACAUGGUCUAUGUUCCAUCUCACCUGUACCACAUGCUCUUUGAACUGUUCAAGAAUGCCAUGAGGGCCACUGUAGAAAGCCACGAGUCCAGCCCCACAUUGCCACCCAUCAAAGUGAUGGUGGCUUUGGGCCAGGAGGAUCUCUCCAUCAUGAUGAGUGACCGAGGCGGUGGGGUUCCUCUCCGCAAGAUUGAUCGACUCUUCAGCUACUUAUAUUCCACAGCACCCAAACCAGAGCUGGGCUCCGGAGGGACACCCCUGGCCGGCUUUGGCUAUGGGCUACCUAUCUCUAGACUCUAUGCCAAGUAUUUCCAAGGUGACCUUCAGUUAUUCUCCAUGGAAGGAUUUGGAACAGAUGCUGUCAUCUAUUUGAAAGCCUUGUCAACAGACUCUGUGGAAAGGCUUCCAGUGUAUAACAAGUCCGCAUGGCGUCACUAUCAGACCAUCCAGGAGGCAGAUGACUGGUGUGUGCCCAGUACGGAGCCCAAGAACACGUCCACCUAUCGAGUCACCUAAGCUAGCCUCUCUGUUACCAGAAAGGGCACUACCCUGCUUCUGAAGGGGAAAAACCAAACUUUGGUGAGGGGAGAAAA